CUAAUUCUUGCUUUUCCUCCUCUCAGCCGCGAUGUACGGGAAUGGAACGUACUUUGCUGUAAACGCGAUUUACUCUGCCCGCCAGUUCUCGCCACCUGAUGCCAACGGUCACAAGCAUUUGUACCUGGCCCGAGUCCUUACUGGGGUCUUCUGUGCAGGAAAGAAGGAUAUGGUGGCUCCUCCGGCCAAGAAUCCAGCCAACCCCACCGACCUGUACGACAGCGUCACCGACAACCCGGCUAACCCUUCCAUGUUCAUCAUAUUCAAUGACAUCCAGGCGUACCCCGAGUAUCACAUCACCUUCCAGUAACUGGCGGCCAUUAUACAAGUGGUUGGCAUCAUGGAGAGGCCCCAUCCUCACUGCCACAUGGAUUUCUAUGGGGUCUCACGAGUCAAAAGGUCUCUUGUUGCUUUGGCCGUGAUCUUCACCACAUUUCAUUUAGGAACUAGACGCUGCUCUUUGGGUGUUGGAACAAGAACGCUGCUUCCCGCUGUGAGCUCCACAUUUACUCCUGUCCUGCUGCCGCAUGGAUCUGCUGAGGAGCUGCUGUUGACUGAUCUUAAUAUGGCUUCACAGGCUGCUAUUGUAGAACCGCCCCACAGUCCCAGCAGGAGCCAUUUACAGAUCACUCCAUCUUCUGGAGGCUCUCGGCAGCUGCGCCGGGGGCUCCGUAGCGGGCACUGUUAAGGUGGUAUUUGCCAUGACGCACUGUUCACACCAGACGCCCUCUUGUGAGGAUUCUGGGUAUGGAGAUGAACAGAAUCCAGAAUCUGUCUACACCAGCUUGUAGACGGUCCCAUGUUUUUUGCAAGUGCUGCUGAUCUUGUUGUGAGACGUUCGGGACAGGAUUGUCUAUACAGCGGGGCAACUGAUGGCAUAGAGGGUACGGUAUAUAAAAGGCCAGACCCUGAUCCCACAGGAGGGAGAACUGUCCCCAGAGCUUACCAUCUAUGCCAGUCCUCUCAGGAUGUUACUGUCCCCGGUCCUACAUUGACACUGGACAUAGCCGCCUUGUGCCUUACAGAGAAGCCCGGGCCGGUUCUGCGCUGACACACUGUCACGAUAUGUGCAAUACCUCAAUAAACUCUGAACAGCA